AUGUCGCGGGCUGCGAGAAGAGGUAAGGGAAUCAAAGACGAAAAUCUCGAGGAUGAGCUGGCGCACGAGCCCUCAAGACUUUUAACAUCAAUUUUGAAGACACUAGACCUUACAUUCGAACGUGACAUAGGACUUUUAAACGGUAAGCAUGUGCGGACGCUGCCAGGUGCUCCGGCGCUUACGAAUCUUCGGGGCAGCCUAGAGAAGCUGGAGACAACAUUAGAAAGAAUCCUAGCCAGCGAUCGCACUACAGUUGCAAAAAUCAAAGAAGCAAUAGAAGCUACGCCUGUGCCGCAGAAGGGCCCGGAAACUUCACAGCCGUCUCCCAGUGCCGAACCGGUAGCACCAGAAGCUCCAACAAGCGACGAAGAAGCUAACGAUGCUCCCAAGAGGCAGACCACGCGCAAAAGGUCCCUGAAGAUUGAAGAUGAGGAGGAGGAGAGAGAGGACCAGGAGGUUCGUAAACACUCUGAAAAGACUGUUCCACCCGAGAAAGAACAGGAAGAGACGUCCCAUGUGGACAAAAAGUCGAAAACAGAAAUAGAUCGCAUUGAAAGUGACCCGUCCGUGAAAAACCCAAAGUCGGAGUUUGUUGUCUCGCAGACGCUUCCUGCAGCUGCCGUGACGCUCGGGCUAUUCACCAACAAGGGCCUCGAAAGCACGGGAGAGGAGUUUCUGAAAAAGAAGUACGGUGUUUCUAGCUACCCAACGAGUGACUUAAAAGAAUUUAUGCCAGGCGAACUACCUGAUAUGGAUUUCUCGAGGCCAAAACCAACGAACCAAAUCCAAUACACAACAUUCCUUACUUCCGUUGACAGCUUUUUCCGGGACCUAAAUGACGAUGAUGUCAAAUUCCUGAAGAAUAAGUAUAUAAUACCGCCUAACGUUUCGGUGGAGAGAGCAUACGACCCCGAAGUUACUCCAUACGUUAUCCCAAAGCUAGGACCAUUAUACACCGAGACGUGGGCCAAAGAGGACAACAAUCAAAACAUAGCCAACUUGUCGCCGCCUCCGUUGAACGAUCCAUCAAGCAUCCUUCCCAGAAAAUCAAGUGGUGACUUAUCUGACGAUGUGCUAGACACUGAAGAGGUAUCAUGCGGCCCACUUGUGUCGAGGCUUCUUUCUGCUAUUUUGAAAGAUGAGCUUCCAGCAGAUGGAAAUAGUGGUACGAAAGAAGAAAACGAUGGUGAGUCUUUACCUGAUGAGGAAUCCAAAACUUUCACUCCAAAUCCCAACUCAUCCGCCCUCACCCCAUCAAGCGAGAUGGAUGACAACAAAAACCAAAACACAUCGUCAACUAGCGCUAUACCUCAACAACAAGGAUGGAAUGCCAGCAGUGUUAGCCUUGACUACCCCACUUUCGAAGAACGUUUAAAAAGGGAACUGAAAUACGUUGGGAUCUAUAUGAAUCUUCCGAGAGACGAAGACAGCACCUACGGAGAAGACCCAGACUGGUUAGCUGGACGGGAGGACGACGAGAUAAGCGCGGAGCUGCGUGAACUACAGAGUGAAUUGAAGCAGGUUACAAAGAAAAAUAUGAAAAGGAAAGCGAUACUCAUACCCCUAGUGGAACGUCAGCUGGCAUGGCAAGAAUACGCAUCCAUCCUGGACGACCUUGACAAACAGGUUGAUCAGGCAUACAUCAAGCGGAUUCGGGUUCCCAAAAACAAGAAAAAGAAGCAGCAAGCUUCGGCUUCUGCCUUGAACUCGACAUCCCAAGCUGCAAUUCAAGCAGCCCAUCAGCAGGCCGCCAGCUCUAGUCUCAAAUCAUUGCUAGAUAAGAGGAGAAGAUGGAUUUCAAAGAUAGGGCCUCUUUUCGACCGUCCUGAGAUUAUGAAGAGAUUUCCAAAGGAGAGUGUUUUUAGAGACUUAGACCAGGAGGAGGAAGAUGAGGACGGUGAUGUGUUUGGUAAUAACGGGAACAGCAAGGAUGACGAGCUAACCGACAGUUUACAGACGAAGGAGGAAUGA